GAAGGCGGUUCGGCGGACGACUGGCAGCAGUUACAGCGGAGCUAUGACCGUUGGUUGUUCGUUGCGGAGAUCAAAAAGCGGUUGCUAGACGGCGCUGCGAAGGCGGCAGUGGCGGCGGAAGGGAGGGAGCUGGGGCGACGGCGGGACUUGGAGGAGGCUGGCGACAGCAGCGGCGGCAGUCGAGUGUUUCUGUUAGAUUCGUACGGCAUUGCUGCCCCCGAGGUCGUACGGCUGCUGAAGUCGGACCCAGAUUUGGCGCGAUUGCUGGGACCGCAGGGUCAGAGGAUCAGCCACAUUGCGAGCGGCUUCGCGGGGCCGGAAGGAUGGAAGCUCACAGGUCUGCCAGUGACUGCGGCCGCUGCUGACGGCCGCGGUGACGGCAACCAGGCGGCCGAACCAGCAGCCGCGGCUUUUCCGG